CCUCCUUGAAACUAGCGAAGUUUUCGUACUUUCCACUUGCAACAAAAGAAUUUGAUUUAUACGGUGUAUUUAUACCAGUUCACGAGAAAUGCGAAUUGUUCGAUCCGGCAGUGUCGUGCGCAACAAAAUCACUGACUAUUCGCACCGACGUACUUCGCCGAAUCGUCUCCGUAGAAUGCGAGCUGGAACGUCGGUAGUGCGGGAUAACACGUCAUCGCACGAGGCUGGUCACGCCGUCAAUUGAUUGGACAUUAGUGCACUUUGCGCGCGUCACUUUUGACCAAUCUGAGUUCACGUGACGUCAGUAUCGACCAAUGGUUGCAAAGCGUGGCUGCAGUGGUAAAAAGUGGCCACGUCACGACGGGGGAUUCGGAUAGCCAUUCCAGUCGAUAAUUGUUCUUUGUUUCAUUUUUUUAACGUUUUUGGACUAUUUCAUUAAUGUAAAUUGGUACACCUUGACAUUGCACUAAAAAUAUUGAGUAUGGAAUGAAAUUUCUGGUUCAAUCGAAUGAUAAAAACGUUACGGAAAGAGAAACGAAAAGUUACUAAACGUUUGAAUCGCUUUAGUAACAUAUGUAUACAUUGGAUGUCGCAUGAUGCAAAAAUCUGGACUCGUUGCAAGGACGUUGGAACAAUUGGAUAUUACAUGACGACGGAUUAAUUACAGAAAAAUGCGGUGCAUCGUGUUUCGCACGGAAUAGGUUUAUUUUUCAACGUAUCGCGUUCGUAAUGCAAUGUUAUCGUUGGAGUGCAGCAAUGCCGCGUCGAUAUUGAAUCGAACGCGGUGCUAGAUGGAGUUAAUGUUUAAUUAAAUAAUCAACAAAAACAAUGCUCUCCAUCAGAUAAAUGGCUAAUCGAUUCAUUAUAUCGGCCGAGGAAUUUUUAUAUUACAAAACAGGAUAAACCUAAGUGCAGAAAAUUCAUGAUGAAUAAAACAGAUUCUGCAGAUUUUACUAGACGCAUUAAGCACUUGUUGGAAAUAAUGACGAAUAAUUGUUCAGAAGAAUCCGCAAAUUCUGAAGACGAGGACUCUUUUAUCAGUUCAGAUGAAUCGUGCUCCGAAAAUGAAGACGACGAUGAUCAUUCCGAUCUAAGCGAGACUGAAGAUUCGCCAGACGAAGAGCAGCAUUCCCCCACGUUUCGUUUAAACAAAUUCUUUGAAGAUCACAUAAAUAACACGGAGAAACACGUACCUUUAACUUUGAACAAUAAUGAGCCCAAUGAUAUUAAAUUCGAAAACAAAAUGUACAGAGUUAUUCCGAUAAAAUUAGAUGAAAAGGUCUUCAAACGAAAUAUCGAUGCUCCUUCCACUAGAAAUAUAAAUCAAAUAAAAUCACGUUGAAAGGGAAAAUAGAAUGACACCGAAUAUUAUCGAAAUACAUUUUAUUAAUAAAAAAAAACAACCGUUUGUUAAAGUUUUUACAAUACAAAUGGAAAACAGCGUCGUAGGCAAUGGUUCAAUUUAAUCGUAGACUGUCCAAAAAGUUCUAGGAAUUUCAUUUACGUUUGUACAAAAAAAGAAUGAGAUUCAUUAUUGAGAAUAAAUAAUGAUUAAGAUAUGUCGUAAGUACAUAUAUAAAACAAUACAUACAAGGAGAUAUUUACGAAACUUCGCCGUUCUUUUAUGAACAUCCCAUAAUAUAUUCAUCGAGUAUUCCUCUGGAUGAUUCAUAUGCACGAAAAUUUCGCGCAAGCGCGAAUGCGCGGAAGGCACGAUUCCUAGAACUUUGUGAGCAAAUUACGUGGGCGUUCGUGUUGCCCUUCCGAUCGAACUUGUCGAUUUUGAUUUUUCCUCAAACUGGUACCAUAUAUUUGGCAACGCUCACAAACGAUCCUCGAGAUUCGAGGUUGAACCGUUCGCCACACGGCAUUAUGGUGCGUUCAGACCAGCGAUGGGCAAAAGAACUCACAGGCACUAACGUACACGAUUCUAAUUACGUAACCAGAUUCCUAAAUUUGCAAAUUAAAUGCUGUACACGUCAGUAUCUGUAAAUUCUCCGGCGGGUAUAUAUUUCAUCUGCCCAUCACUGAUUUGGACCAAACGAGCGAAUGCUCCUUUUUUCCCCACUUUGGCAAAAUUCAGCAUUCUAUCAUCUUGGCCUACGUUUUACUAAGAUAGGGAAAGAACGAGCGAUCGUUUCUCAGGUUUAAAUGCACUUUUAUAUUA